AUGGCCCCUCACAAGUCCCCUAUGUGUCGAAUUUAUGCACUUUUUGUGUUUCUGUACCACGCACAUCGCCUUCUGGCUAGCUUUAGGCACCCCAAUGAUCACAAGGACUUGCUUAUUGUGGAGAUGCAUAGUGAAGACGAUUCGGCAUUUAGUAAAGUAUCAGAUUAUCUGACAUCAGAAGGUAUUGAUCAUGAGGUGGUCAAUGACAUGUCAAGCAUCGCACCGAACAUCAUCCGAGCUGCAACGAUUAGGCUUGAGGAUCCGCAACAUUUGGAGAAAGUCAAACUUUCCCCGUCUGUCAAGCGCGUUACGUCUGUCCAGCGUAUACAUAUCUCCAAGCCACUGAAGCGACAGGUCCUCAGCCAGUCUUUAGAGCGCUUCCCACCUGACAACUUUGGUCCACACGUCCAAACGCGUGUUGCAGAUUUACAUAGAUCAGGUAUAUACGGUCGGGGAGUGAAAAUCGCAGUACUCGACGAUGGUAUUGAUUGCGGUCAUCCAGCCUUUGGAGGUGGUUUUGGACCAGGUUUUAAGGUUAGCUUCGGCUAUGAUUUUGUAGGAGACGCCUUCAAUUUCGGCAGCUCGGCUCUCCCAAGUACGAACCCGUGUACUGAAUGUGCGAUGCAUGGUACUCACACAAGUGGUAUAAUUAGCGCCUCGAAUCAGGGUUAUGGUUUUGAUGGUGUCGCGCCUAAUGCUUCCCUGGGGAUGUACAGAGUUCUCGGAUGUGAUCCUGAAGGGGGAACACGCAAUGACAUCGUAGUGGCUGCUUUCUUGCGAGCAUUUAAGGAUGGCGCCGAUAUCAUAUCAGCGUCUAUCGGAGGACCAGGGGGCUGGUCAAAGGGCGAUGUUCUGUCCGAUACUAUCAAUAAUUUGGCACAGAAAGGGGUCGUACUUGUCCUUGCGGGCGGGAACGAGGGCACCGAAGGAUUGUUCUUCGCUGAACGGCCCGCUGCGGCCACAGGUUCGAUUUCAGUAGGCUCUGUACAGGCAUCGACCACUAUCGUAACAAAUUUGUUGACCUCGACAGGAGAGAAGCUCCUCUAUCACACAGCAGGCCGGUUCAACGGAAGUGACUUUCUAGUUUACGCGACUUCAACGAACCUGGAUAAUGAAAGUGAUGCAUGUAGCCCCCUGGGAGCCGACACACCAAAUCUGAGCAAAUACGUCGUCUUGAUUAAGCGAGGGACAUGCCCUUUUCGUCUCAAAGUGGCUCAUGUUUUGGCCAAGGGUGCUCGUCGAGUAUUAUUCUAUAUGGAUAGGACCAAUAUGGUCACCCUCGAAACCUAUAUGCAAGGAGUUUCCGUGGCAAGUAUCACCAACGAGGACGCAAGUCAUCUCGUUGCGCAAUCACGCCAUAAAAACUUCACUGUUAGUUUUCCCCAGCUACCUCACUUCUUUGUAUCCGCAUCGGAUGCAGGACAUAUCAGCUCGUUUUCACAAUAUGGUCCUAGUUAUGAUUUUAAAAACUUGCAGCCCGACUUGCUUGGCGUGGGAGGAAACGUAGUUUCAACCGUACCUAGACGUUCAGGUAGCUAUGCAUCGAUGAGCGGAUCAUCAAUGGCUACCCCACAGGUUGCAGGAAUAAUCGCACUCAUUUUCAGUGCACGUGGUGAGCGUUGGAACUCGUCCAAGACGUCGAAUUUAUUAGCAACUACAAGUCAGUUGAUCAUGGUGGGUUCGAACAAGGACGAGAUAGUAUCUGCAAUCCACCAAGGAGCUGGCCUUGUCGAUGCAUACUGCGCAGCACUCUCCCAAACAUUUCUGUCAAGAUCCUCAAUUCCACUAGAGGACUCGAAAAACUUCCAGUCAAAACAAUCGAUCACUAUCACAAACGCUGGCUCAAAAACCUAUACAUUUAAGAUCAAGCAUCGACCAGCGCAAACACUUCCAACCUUUACGCCUGGCUCUUACCAUGUAGCUACCAGUGUCACCCCAAUGACUGACCACACCCCCGCAAGCGUCAAAAUGAACUUGAAUUCCUUCAAACUAUUUCCUGGGACCAGUAGAACGGUACAUCUUACUUUUGAACCCCCCAGGGGAUUAAACAAAGCGCUUCUUCCAGUAUAUUCUGGGUAUAUCUCCUUUAUUUCGGAAGCUGAGUGCGAGUCUCACAAUGUACCGUACUAUGGUGUCUAUGGCGUCAUGAAAGAACAAAUAGUUAUCGACCGCUCCUCAGACACACAGAACUUCACUGGAUUCACACUCCCGCGCAUAACGGACAAUACUUCCAAAGCACUUUCAAAUGGGUCCGUGAGUUUUCAAGGAGUAAAUAGUUUGAUACUUCGAUAUCGUUUGGCCUUCGGGACACCUUAUCUGCGGACAGAUCUUGUAUCAGGAGAUGCCAAACUUGAUGGAAUUGCUAAGAAAUCGAAAAAAAAAUUGGCAAAGCCAAAAAAUUCAGCGUUGGUUCAGUCUACAUUUCGAGGUAUCCGGAUCAUUGGAAUGCUUCCGGAUAGCAACUCAACUUAUAAUUGUCGAACUGCACAUGAAGACACAGAAGUUCUCUCCUGGGAUGGGUCUUUGAUGUCUAUCCAAAAUCUUUCUAGUACUAUCACAGCCCCUAAUGGGGAUUAUAAGAUUUUAUUCCGUGCCCUGAAGGUCAACGGUGACCCAAAUCAAGAUGCAGAUUGGGAAGCGUGGCUAUCACCCGUAAUUCAUAUCAAUCGGGCUAAUUAA